AUGGACAUUGCUCAAAGUAGAGCCAUCCAGCCCGGACCUUCUUAUGGAACCAUCAGUCAAAUGGAGAAUCACGGCGAGGAAGGAGACCGUCUCCUUCACGAGGGUUACGAGAGUGAAGGAAAUGGCAGCACGACAACAUCGUCGGAGGACUCAGUCCAGGAAGGUGUUCGGAAGAUUGAAGCAAUUAACUUGACAUGGACUACGAAGUCUUUGGUCAUUGCUUAUAUAAGCAUUUUUCUCAUGGCAUUUUGCACAUCACUAGAGGGCCAGACAACUAUGUCACUCUCGGCUUAUGCAACCAGUGCAUUUAGCAAGCACUCGUUGAUUUCAACAGUCCUUGUUGUCCAGAAUGUAGUCAAUGCCGUCAUUAAGCCCCCUAUGGCUAAAAUAGCCGAUGUCUUCGGUCGCUUUGAAGCGUUCUGUAUCUGUAUCCUUAUCUACACUCUUGGAUAUAUUCAGAUGGCUGCCUCGAAUAGUGUUCAGGCUUAUGCGUCGGCUCAGAUCUUUUAUUCCGCCGGUUCGACAGGGUUGCAAAUACUUCAGCAGGUGUUCAUUGCGGACAGCAGCAGCCUCCUCAAUAGGGCCCUCCUCACUCUUUUACCGGAGUUUCCGUUUCUUGUUACGGUCUGGAUUGGACCGAUGAUCGCUGAUGCAAUUCUCGAAAAUUUGUCGUGGCGCUGGGGAUACGGGAUAUGGUCGAUUAUAUUGCCAGCAUCGUUUCUUCCCUUGGCGCUCUCGCUGUUACUGAACCAGCGCAAAGCUAGGAGACUAAAUCUCAUUAAACCUAGACAUAGGCGCCGACCUGGGUUCGGCGCUGCUGUCCGACGUACGUGGUAUGAUCUGGAUAUGUUUGGCUUGAUUCUACUUUCGGCGGCAGUUACAUUGAUUUUGGUACCCCUGACUCUUGCUGCCAACGCUAAGAAUGGUUGGAAGAACAACAGUAUUAUGGCAAUGAUUGGGGUUGGCGUUGUAUGCCUGCUGGUGCUGCCCCUGUGGGAAACUUCCAAGAGGUUCGUCCCCAAGCCCGUAUUAUCCCUGCAUCUUCUCAAGCAGCGCACUGUCCUCGCUGGCUGCGCCUUGGCGUUUUGGUACUUCAUGGCCUUUUACUUUUCUGUGCAGCCAUACCUUUACUCUUACCUUCAGGUUGUCCAAGGAUACGCGGUCUCGACAGCAGGUCGUGUUACCCAGAUUUUUGCAUUCACGUCCACUAUUGCUGCGUUUGGGGUGUCAAUAUUGAUCAAGUUAACUCGACGGUACCGCGUCUUCGUUGUCAUCGGAUGCGUAGUGUAUAGCUCGGGCAUUGUGUUGAUGAUGCUCUAUCGCAAAGAAGGAAGCUCGUGGAUCCAGAUCUUGGGAACGCAAAUCGUGAUCGGGAUAGGAGGUGGGCUACUGAACGUCCCUGUUCAGCUCGGGGUUCAGGCGUCGGCUAGCCACCAGGAAGUCGCUGCCGCUACGGCGAUGUUCCUUACGUCUAUGGAGCUAGGCGGUGCGGUGGGUGCGGCGAUCUCGGGUGCCGUUUGGACCCAUAACCUGCCCCAGAAACUUCAGCUGUAUCUGCCAGAUGAGGACAAAUCGAACGCAAAGGCGAUUUUCGGGAAAUUGACCAAGGCGCUGGAGUACCCGAUGGGAUCGCCGGCUAGAGUCGCCAUCAACAGGGCAUACCAAGAGACUAUGAAUAAGUUGUUGAUACUGGCGUUUCUUGUUACCAUCCCCCUGAUCCCCCUAAGCCUUUUGAUGGAGAACUAUAAGCUUGACAAGGUAAAAUCUCCGGCCGACGACUCUAGUGAAGGCGCCUAA